AUGAACGAGAUUUGGCGCAGUUCGUCAACAUUGAACUUGUACAAAACUCAAGAUGGAUAUCCAAUUGAACGGAAAGUGAUCGAUGCUUCAGGUCGAUUAGGUUCACUUUAUGACGCUUCAACAGAUAAUUUAAUCGAUUCACAUUCGGUCCAAGCAUUUGAAAGUAAAGUACCACGUACACGUUCUAUAUGUCGAGUGUUUUCAGGUGAUUCAUCAAGAGACCUCACCAGCUUUCUCAAAGAUGUUGAUUUUGACGAUGCAAUUCGACAAAGCAUUUGUCUUCAAAUGGUUACACCACGAGGCAUUAGCCGUUUUAUUGAAUAUAAUUACUCGGUCAAUGAAAAUACUCGUUUUCUACAUUAUUCUUAUCGAGCUAGAAAAGAAUGGUUAGAAGUAACAGCUCAUAAAACGGAUAGAAUCGUCGCAGCACCAUUAACAUCAACUCAAGCAACUCACAUGAUAACGAAAAUUGUAUGGGGUUUUGAAAUUUUAUGUAUUAUACAAAUUCCAAAGAAUCACUCAGUCGAUUUAAUCGAUCAAUUGCUUUAUAAAAUUUGCGAUCAACUUAAUCAUAACCGAAUUACAAUUACAAAUAAGAGUAAUAAUCUAUAUCUUACCAAUCAAUUACAGAAUAUUACUGUAUAUGGACCUGAAACGUGUAUCGAUCAAUCGAAUAUAUCAUUAUUAACUAUUCUUAAUAGAAUAAAAAACUGGCAAAAAGAUUCGAACAAUCAUCAGCCACUAGUGUAUACGAUGCAACCGUUAAGAUGGCUUUACAACGGAUCACAAUUUCAUGUACCAUGUAGCUUUCCUAAACCAGAUAAUUCCCAUACUGCACAAAUCGAAAUUGUAAUCCAUCGAAUAAAUCGUCAGAUGAAAAAUCUUAAAGAAAUAUUUGAAAAUCUUCCGAUAAAUAUGUCCAGCACAACACUAGAUCAACGUUCUAAAACUUUUCAACAAAAGCGUCGUUUUAUGCUAGAUUCAUACGAUCAUCUUCAGGAACGUCUCAGACUAGCACUUGCAGAUAUUCGUCGACAUCGUUUCGAAUCAGUAGCAUUAGACGAUAUUCUUGGAGAUCAACGUUAUGAAUGUUUGUGCGAUUCUGAAAUGAAAAAAUUUCUCAGUCAGGUUCAACAAUUAUUAAAUAAAUCAAUAUCAAUCGAAAAAUUAAAGAACGAUGAAAUUGAAUAUCGCAACGCACUUGAUAUCAAUCCUAAUCAAGAAAUAUCGUCAACAAUUGUUGAUAUUGAUGUUAUACUUAAACGUACUUACUCUCGUGAAAAAGAAAAUUUCAUUCUUUGGUAUUCAAGUGAUCGUUUAAAACGUGAAGAAGAAAAUAGAUACCAACAAAUCUAUCAAGAAUUGACUUGGGAACGGCAACAUCUAGAACAACAAAUCAAAAUAGUCUACAUUGAUUUCACUGAUGUCACAGAAAGACUAGAAGAUUUUAUCUUCGUAAGAUCCCCAUUGGUAGAAGUAUCCACAAAUGACCGUGAUCCUACGACAGAUACAGUACGCAUUUUAUCACCCUCCAAAGAACCAUUUCCAAAACCAAAGCCGACCGAAAUUAAUGUACUUCUCAUGGGAGAAACAGAUGUUGGAAAAUCAACGUUUAUUAAUUACUUGAAAUUCAAAAGUUUUCAGCAUGCUGAACAAGGUGAGCCAGUUUCAUUUUGUAAUACAGUCUGUAAUCAUUUCGAUAAAUUUGCUGCCAAAAUUGAUACUGUUGAUUUGAAUGAAAAUUUUGAUCAAUCAGUAACACAACAAUGUAAAUCGCAUGUAUUCGUCUUAAACCAUGGCUUAAGUUUACGUUUCAUUGAUACACCUGGUAUCGACGAUAUACAAAGAAAUAAUCAAGAUGUAAACACUAUUGAUAAGAUAUUGAAUUAUAUCAAUAAUUUCUCUCAUUUAAAUGCGAUUUGUUUAUUUCUCAAGCCAAAUAUUUCAGAAUUAAAUGCUUUUUUUCGUUUUUGUGUCAAACCAUUAUUAACUUAUUUAAUACCAAAUGGCAAUGAUAAUAUUAUUUUCUGUUUUACAUAUACUCGAUCAACUUUUUCUACACGCGAUCAUACUGAUCGAUCAUUGCGUAAAAUGCUUGAUGAUGAACAACUUUAUAAUAUUUCAGUUAAAAAAGAAAAUACAUUUUAUUUCGAUAACGAAUCAUUUCUGAAUGUCGAUGAAUAUCGGCAACAAGAAUGUAUUAAUAGUUGGGAUGCAUCAGUAGCUGAAUCAGUUCGUUUACUUACUUAUAUCGAACAAUGUAAACCAUUGAACUUGGAAACAUUGUUAUCUCUGCAUAGAGUUGCUCUCGAUAUAUCAAUGCUUGCUCGACCUCUCAUGGAAACAAUGCGGUUAAUAAUUUAUAAUUGGAAAUUAAGCGAAGCUAGUUUACUUAUUAAUCAUAUGAUACUGAAUUCAUAUCCAAUUGACAAUGACAUGUGUACUAAUUGUGCUGAAAUUACGUUUGUCGAACUAGGUCCACUUUGGUUAACUCAAUAUCAGCCGACUCUCUUGAAUAGUAAUGAAAAUCAACAUCGUCGUUGUCUUACAAAUAAAAAACAUGUUUUGAUUGAAUCCACUGUCACAUACGAAUUUGUUCCCUUACCAGCGGGUCUUGAAAAAGAACGAUGGCAAAGUUCUUUUUAUAAUUUUAUUUUUAAAUGUGAUCGACUUCUUCAUUUCUUACGACAACAAGAGCUAUCAAAUCAUGAUGAUCCAUUUCAACCGAUACUUGAACGAUAUCUUGAAGAAGAACAGCAAAUUUUACAGAUGUGUAAUUUAAAGUCCGAUAUGAAUAGACGAGUACAUGAAGUAUUAGAAUCAAUAACACAAAUACGUCAAGAAAAUAGCAAAAAAUUAUAUCAAUUAAAUGAAAGUCUUUCUCUUAAUCAAGUCUAUCAAAUAGUCAAUGAAUUCAUUACUAUACCAACCGUUAGGAAACAAAUCGAUAGUAUCAAGACAAGUCGUCGAUUAAAAAUGGUCAAACAAGAAUGUAUAAUACCAAAAGAUUCCAUCAAUAAUAUCAUCUUUACUUCGUUUAUCGACUCUCAUAGAUGA